AUGGGAAGGUCAAAAGUGAUACCUGAUGCAGGAAACUAUGGGUAUGAAGAAAUCAGUAACUUCAUAGCCCUUGCCGGAAUUUCUGAUUUUGUGGAAGAAAGAAAAGCAUCUGAAUCAGAUACCGAAGACUCGUCCAGUGAUGAAGAAUCUGAGAUUGAUAUCUACGAAAGCUUUAAAGAAGUUCGUGAUGCUUUGGUUGAAACCGGGAAAGAGAAUCUCGAAUUGAAAAAGGAGAAUGCUCGUCUUGAAGAAAAGGUUGGAGAACUUCAGAAGGCACUUCAAGCGGAAAAAGAUCUCAACAUGGAUAAUCUCAAUAUCAUGUUGGAAAAGAUGGAAGCGGUUAAACGAGCAGAUGACAUCACCAAAGAGUACUUUUUGGAGAAGGAGAACUCCAGGAGUCUACAAGCUGAGUUAGAUCAACAUCGAAAGCAACUGAAGAUGUUGACUGGAACUAAGGAACUCGACAAGAUCCUGAGUCUUGGUCGUGUUGGGAAGUCAAAUCUUGGUCUGGGAUACUCAACAGGAAGUGGAUCAACCGGCAAGACAGUCACUUUCGUGUCUGGAGGAAUAGCUCAAGAUGUUGUUCAAGCAGAGACUAGAUCAUCCGCAUAG